GCGGAUAAAAGUGUCUGCUUACCUCUCUGUGCUGCUGCUGUGUGGCUGGUUGAGAAAUAAUAACGUCAAGACUGCUGGGUGUAAUUAUAGAGCACAGCCUUGAGAGCAGCACAUGAAUGGCGAAUGAUUCACUGCAUGCAUAUCACAACAUUUGCAUGCAUUAACCCGGAUCGCCCAGCAUAUCCUUGGGCUCACAAAGGCCCUGCCACCGUGUCAACAAGUGCUGAACUCACUCUGAUCACACUUUGCUCCAUUAGUCGUGUUGUUGAGGAGGGCCUCAAUUUGUCAGCUUAUCACUUGAUUUCUAUAAAUGUUAACUUCAGCUUUGAGAUCUCUAUUUUCUAUGCGUCUUAAGGGAAACAUUCUGAGUCAAAGGGAGGUAAAGAGACAGAGAAGCAGGUUGUGAGAGGCUGGCAAAACGGACUCUGACAGGCAGGCCCAGAGACCAAUCAGGAGAGAGCCUUCAGUGUAAAUUCCAGCCGCGGGGACGCGGGGGGAGGCGCGAUGCGGAGGAAAAAGCAAAUAGUUGAGUGAACAGCAUCAGUACAGAAUGAAGAGGACUACAUAGAGGCAGCGAGGCAUCAUCAGCGGAGACAGAGUAAAAACAGUGUGAUUCGGUUUUUCUGACUGGGUCCAUGGAUGUGAAGAGGGCACACUCCUGUCUGCUCCGUGGAUUACAGGCUGAGUGAAGAUGCGCACAGCUUUGCUGGAAGCUUCAGGACGGUUAUGAACAACCAGACAGUGGAGCUCCGAAAUAACUGAGUUUAUACCGCAUUAGAACUUCUUCAAAAGACCCAAAUGUCUCUUUUUUAAAGGGACUCCAUUUUCCAGACGCCUUCCUUAUUUGUGGACUUUGACGCACUGUGGAGAGUUUCACUUGCUGGCUGAAGUGGCCGGAGAAUGUUGAGAUUUUUGUCUUCAUCAGAAGGCAGUGAGAUUAAUGCUUUUUGCUGAUGUAUUUAUUUCUUUUUUACCCAAGUGCACUUGUUUUUCCGGUCAUGAUUGUGGUUUUGAUAGCUCUGUGUUUUACGGAUGGAGCGCUCUCUCAGAUCCGCUACUCUGUCCCGGAGGAGGCAGAGCAUGGCACGCUGGUGGGGAACAUCGCUGAAGACCUGGGGCUGGACCUUACCAAACUGGCCUCCCGGCGAUUCCAGGUAGUGCCUAGUUCCAGAACGCCAUAUCUAGAAGUGAACCUUGAGAACGGCGUCCUGUUCGUUAACGAGAAAAUUGAUAGGGAGCAAAUCUGCAAGCAGAGUGCCAGCUGCCAGCUUAACAUGGAGGUGUUCUUGGAGAACCCACUGGAGCUGUUCAGGGUCGAAAUCGAAGUGGUGGACAUUAACGACAACCCACCGAGCUUCCCGGAGACAGACAUCACGGUGGAAAUCUCAGAGAGCGCAACCCCUGGCACCCGGUUCCCUUUGGAGAGUGCGUUCGACCCGGACGUGGGCUCCAACGCGUUGCGCACAUAUGAUAUCACAACCAACAAUUACUUUUACCUGGACGUGCAGACCCAAACCGACGGAAAUAAAUUUGCAGAACUUGUCCUGGAGAAGCCUCUGGACAGGGAGCAGCAGGCGGCGCACAGGUACGUGCUCACUGCAGUGGACGGCGGACAGCCUCCUCGGACCGGCACCGCGCUGCUGGUAGUCAAAGUGUUGGACUCUAACGAUAAUGUGCCCGUGUUUGAGCAGCCCGUCUACACGGUGAGUCUUUCGGAGAACGUACCUGUGGGCACGCUGGUCAUCCAGCUGAACGCCACCGACCUAGAUGAGGGACUGAACGGGGAAAUAGUUUACUCCUUCAGCAACCACAUCUCCAGUCGUGUUAAGGAGCUGUUCGGCAUAGACCCGCGGACCGGGCGCAUCGAAGUCCGUGGAGAGGUGGAUUUUGAAGAGAGCAGCCUCUAUCAGAUCUUUGUCCAGGCUAAGGACCUCGGGCCAAACGCCGUGCCGGCGCACUGUAAAGUGUUGGUCAAAGUGGCGGACGUAAACGACAACGCACCGGAAAUCACCUUCAGCACUGUCACGGAGUCAGUGAGUGAAAAAGCCGCUCCCGGUACCGUCAUUGCCCUGUUAAGUGUGACGGACCGUGACGCAGAGGAGAACGGACAGAUCCACGUGGAAAUCCUGGGCGAUGUACCGUUCAAAUUAAAGUCCUCUUUCAGGAAUUACUUCACCAUAGUGACUGAUGGGCUCCUGAAUCGGGAGCAGGCAGACUCCUACUCCGUGACCGUGGUGGCGCGGGAUAAAGGAACUCCUUCGCUCGCCUCUAGUAAGUCCAUCCGUGUCCAGGUGUCAGAUGAAAACGACAAUGCGCCCACUUUCACUCAAUCCGUUUAUGAUGUAUAUGUGACAGAGAACAAUGUACCAGGAGCGUACAUCCACGCUGUGACGGCCCUGGACCCUGAUGUAGGGCAGAACGCUCUCAUUACUUACUCCAUCUUAGAGUGUGACAUUCAGGGCAUGUCAGUUAAAACCUAUGUGUCUAUCAACGAGGAGACAGGAUACCUUUACGCUCUCAGGUCUUUUGAUUAUGAACAGCUAAAAGAUUUCACCUUUAUGGUCAGGGCCAAGGACUCCGGUGACCCUGAGCUUUCCUCUAAUGCAACUGUCAAAGUCAUAAUUGUUGAUCAGAAUGAUAAUGCGCCCCUGGUACUCGCUCCCCUGGGGAAAAAUGGGACUGCGAAGGAACCCCUUCCCCGCUCAGCUGAGCCAGGAUACCUGGUGACCCGUGUUGUGGCCAUGGAUGCAGAUGAUGGUGAGAAUGCCCGCCUGUCCUACAGCAUUCAGAGAGGUAACGACAACGGGAUGUUUAGGAUGGACUGGAGGACUGGUGAACUCAGGACAGCAAGGCGAGUGUCAGCUAAGCGAGACCCCCACCAGCAGUAUGACCUGGUGAUUGAGGUGAGAGACCAUGGCCAGCCUCCGUUGUCCUCCAGUGCCAGCAUACUGGUGAUGUUGGUAGACAGCAUGGCUGAAGGCCGGGGUGUGGGAGACAAAGUGGGCACCAGCAAGGCCAAAGAUGGUGCUUUGGACCUCACCCUCAUCCUAAUCAUUGCCCUCGGUUCUGUGUCCUUCAUCUUCCUCCUUGUGAUGAUUGUGCUGGCAGUGCGCUGCCAGAAGGACAAAAAGCUCAACAUUUAUACCUGCCUAACUAGUGAAUGCUGUCUUGGAUGCAGCUCCUGCUGCUCACGGCAGGGUAGAUCCCGCAAGAAAAAGCUCAGCAAGGCGGACAUAAUGCUUGUGCAAAGCACUGUUAAUGUCAGCGGGCCUGGAACGGCUCAAGUCCCUGUGGAGGAGUCUGGGAGCUUCGGCUCCCACCAUCAAAACCAGAACUAUUGCUAUCAGGUAUGUCUGACUCCAGAGUCUGCCAAAACUGACCUCAUGUUCCUAAAGCCGUGUAGUCCAUCUAGGAGCACAGACACCGAUCACAACCCGUGUGGUGCCAUAGGGUCAGGGUACACAGACCAGCAGCCUGACAUCAUAUCAAACGGCAGCAUUUUAUCAAACGAGACUAAACACCAGCGCACUGAACUCAGCUACCUGGUGGAGAGGCCGAGGCGUGUCAACAGCUCAGCAUUCCAGGAGGCAGAUCUGGUCAGCUCUAAAGACAGUGGCCACGGAGAUAGCGAGCAAGGAGACAGUGACCACGAUGCCACAAAUCGAGGACAUUCUUCUGGUGCUGAUCUGUUUUCUAACUGCACAGAAGAGUGUAAGGCCCUGGGGCACUCUGAUCGCUGCUGGAUGCCCAGCUUUGUGCCCUCUGAUGGGCGCCAGGGUCUAGACUACCGCAGCAACCUCCAUGUUCCCGGUAUGGACUCAGUCCCAGAUACAGAGCGAGGAAGAGGGUUUGCUAGCUCCUUCCGUGUGGACAUACCAGAGACUGCAUGACUUUGCACAAUCUCUCCCUGACAACUGGCUAUAAAAAUGCAUCAAGACUGAACGCAUUUUGUCCUCCCCUGCUCUUCUCCUUUGUUACCCAGUGAAAAGGAAGCUUACAUUUGCCUGUGACUGCACACAGGGUGAGGAACAAAAAGUUGAAUAUUUGCUCUCUUCUGGAGCUGCUUUCCCAGGUUUUGGAAGCUUCCAGAAUCUUGGUAUUUAGUGCCAGUUGGACAUGGAGGAGGAGGAAGAAGAGAAGGAGGUGAAAUGGGUGCAGGGACACUAAUAAAUGUAUAGCCUUACUGGGUGGACUCAUUUUCUCAGCCGGACUGAGAAAUCUCCUAAAAAACAAAACACAACAACAAAAAAAAAUAAAAAUAAAAAUCACAGAAGACUUGCAGUGAUGUAGAAGAAAAGUGGAUUUUUAUUCUUCAAGCUGUGUGCCUGUUUACAGCACUGAUGUAUACGUUGAUGUGGAAAAUCACACCAGAUGAGGACUUCAUACAACAACAUAAGUGACAGCCAAUGAGAGAAACAGCCCUUUAGGCGUGCUCACACAGUGAAGCACCAAACUGUACAGGAAAAUCGUUGUGCAUUUCUAAAUGCAAUACCACUGUUUGAGAUUUUCUAUUCUGUUGUGUGGUCAGGUGUCUCUGGUACAAUCUACUUUUAACUUGGUAAGAAAAGAUGUGUGCAGGAUAUUGGAUUUUCUGUUAUUUUUUAUUUCACUUCUUUUACAUUUAUUUGAUAUUUGAUUUUGAUUUUCCUAUGGCUUACAUAUUUCUGAUUCUGAGCCAUCGGGUACUUUCUAUCAUGUCUGAGAAGUGUGUAUUGUACUCUUUUAAAAACUUUGAAGCUUAAUAUAAAACUAUAUAAAUUGAUCUAUAUCUACUUGUUCUGAAGGCGUGCUGUUUGUUGCUGAGUUUUUCUUUUCUGAGGUGUGACUCUAGUUUAAGUGCCCAUGUAGAAAGCUUAUUUUCUUCCACUGGACACAUAAGACACAUUCCAGCCUUAGCAGAUGAAAAACUUAGGUUCUCAUUUUAUAUUUUUUCCCACUUUGAAUAAUGAUAAAGAUCAUUUCUAUAAAUAAAGAGUUAAUAAUUUAGACUGACGUUUGUGGUAAUUUUGUGUCACAGUAACCAACACUUUAAGGAUGAGUUCCUAAACGAAUGAAAUGAUCAGAUACAGCUGGUUGUACACAAUGCCAUUGAAAUCUGGUAUACAUAUUUGUUUCUCACACAUUACAAACACCAGUAAGCCAACAAUAAAUGGAACAAAAUGAAAAGUUAUGUCUUGUCUUUUUUUAUAACAAAGUUUCAAAAACGGAUGUUAUUCUUUUUACACUUUGCUGCAUCACAAAUUCUUUUUUUCCCGGUUUUCAAAAUAUGUUACGCACUCUUGUGUUAGAGGGGCUGCUGGCCUCUUGGGCUAGUAGACAGUUGUAUUUUGUUUAUCAUUUUGAGCAAUAUAUUUGAUUUUGUUACAUAUUCUCAUUGAAUAAUUGAUUGAUUUGUAUUGUUUAUUCAGUAUUCUAUGGUAUUCAAGGCUAUACAGAACAUAUCAUUCAUAGCUUGAUUAAUGAUGAUGCCAAAAUAUUUUCUCUGCAUUUCUUUGGCUUCUG